CCGAGGAACAUCCGGGCAAACUAAACUCCCGAGUAUUCCCGUCCGCCACGAGACCCGCGUCUCCUUGCGUCUGACGUCAUGCUCCGGUAGGAUCGAUUACCUGCGGCACUGGAUUAUUGAUGAGGAUGAAGAUGGAGGAUCUGCCGGACUUCAGAGACGUGGAGAACAAGCUGGGUCGGAAAGUUCCGGAGAGUUUGAUUCGUUCAUUCGCGGGCGAACCGUUCAGAGGCUCGGAAACCCGCGAGCGAACCGAUGAUCUACAGACGCUCCACAACAAGAUCAGCUUCCUGCGGCAACAGAUGGCUCAUCUGCGCUCCAUCGAUGUCACACUGAUGCAUCAGCUGCUGUCCAUCAACGAGGGCAUCGAGUCGCUCCGCUGGGUGCUGGAGGAGCGCGGGGGCGGGGCCAGCCGCGAGGGCAGUGUGACGGACAGCUUGUGCAGCCUAUCAGAGGGGGCGGAGUCAGAGCGCGGCUCCUGCAGCGACGGACUGGACGGGAUCUCGCUGGGCAGUUAUCUGGACACGCUCGGAGAGGACGACCUCGAACGCUCCUCGCCCGCUGACCUCUCAGACCACGAGACCUUCACCAGAUCUCCUCCACGACCUCGCGUGGACACCGACGAGUACUACUGCUUCGGAUAACGCUAACGAGUGCCUGAAUAAAGACAUGCGACCCAGAUCCAAAUGGAAAUGAUUAUAUUAGCUGAUGAUUUAGCUCACGCUUCUCCUUCUAAAGGGAACGGUGAAGCUUCUUCAAGUCAACGAAGUUUGGGUUUGAUUUGCAGUAAGAAACAGUGCUUUCUAAAAACCAGACUGAUCCUUGAACCUGAUUGUAAACUCAGAUAAUCUGUUCAACCCUUUGUCUUAAAUGUGUGUGAGAAUCCGGCUCGAGUCGAUGGUGUGGUCCGUUUGCUGCGUUCACACUCACUCAAUCCGGUUUGAAAGCUGAAUUUAGUUCAAUCUCAGUAUAGUGACUGAUCCAGGACUGUCUCCAUCAGCAGACUGAAAUUAAAAGUCUCUUCGGGUCUUAAAGAGUCUUCAUUCACAGUUUCACAAAUCAGGUUUGAAAAGGUCUUAAUCACAAAGUCUCCAAGUCGUGGAAUUAAAUGUCUGAUUCGAUCUGGUUUGAACGUCUGAACAUCCUUGAAUCUAGAUACAUUUACUACAGAUGCAAAAUAAAGUCUUGAAGCUGAGUGUGAACGCAGCCGGCGCUUCUCGCUCACAUGCUAACGCUAGCAGGCUAAUUCCUCACGUUUACAUCGACGGCUCUCGGUGCUCUGCUCAAGUGUGAACUGUUGAAGUGCAAUUCCUGCUCAAGCCAAAGCUAGUUAACGACUCUUUAGCGCUUCAUUCAGGUUUAAAUCUUCACUGCAAUAAUGAGAUUGUUCUUACUUGAAUCUGUUUUAUUAACACCGGUACGAUGUUUAGAGAACUGUAACGUCAGCAGGUUUUUAGCACACGUACAUCACAGAGACGUCUGUUUGAGGUCUGCAUUACAUCUGCCAGACGUGUUUUUAAGAGUCUCUGCUCGUCUGAAACACUAUCAGAUGACAAACAGAGGUUUAGAAGAUGUGUAACCGACAUCCGAAUGUCUAUCAGAUGUUCUCCAGAUCUGUAGCAGACGCUCCUGUGCGGUUUUGUCUUGUGUUGGGGAUGAAUCCACGUGUUUGUGGCGGUGGUUAUUUGUGCUGCUAUUUCAUUUGUUUCUUUGUGUGCUUGAUUUGAUUCAAAACUCCUAAUUUAUUGUUCAUUUUUAACUUGGUUUUUUGGGGAAAUGUCGUAAUACAUUGUGACUUAUUUUGUUUUAACGAAAUGCUUUAAUGUGAAAUAAAACUGAAUAAUUACAAA